UCUCUCUCGUUUGCUCUCUUCAGUUCUCCCCUCGCUGACGAGUUCCGUCUCUCAGCGCAUUUCUGCUCUGUAGAUAGAGAGAAGGGCCAGGGGGAGGAGCUCAUGGUCAUGGCGGCGGCGUUGCUGGCCGGAGCGCUUCGGCGGGGAAGAGCGGGCGGCGGCGCGCGAUACUUUGCCGGGGAGUCGCUGCGCAGGCUCGUGAGCACACUGGUCGUGGCGGAACAUGAAGGUGGGCUCGUGAAGCCCUCGUCUCUGAGCGCAUUGGCAGCUGCUGAGGCCAUUGCCAAAGAGAACAAGGUUUCUCUUCUUCUAGGGGGAUCCGGACCAACGCUGCACAAGGCUGCUCAGCAUGCUGCAUCUAGCCAUCCAUUGGUCAAUGAGGUCCUUGUCGCUGAUUCAGAUGUAUUUGCGCAUCCGUUAGCUGAACCUUGGGCCGAGCUCCUCCGCUCUGUUCAGCAGAAAGGUGGAUAUUCUCAUGUUAUAGCCUCUUCAACGUCAUUCGGAAAGAAUUUGCUUCCACGUGCUGCGGCUCUUCUAGAUGUCUCCCCUGUUACAGACGUCACUGCCAUAUCCGAGCCACGGGUCUUUGUGAGGCCAAUUUAUGCUGGAAAUGCACUUUGCACUGUACGAUAUACUGGAGAGAAUCCUUGUAUGAUGAGUAUUAGGUCAACAUCAUUUUCUCCAACUACUGAGUCUAUGCCAGAAACUAAAGUUGCACCCAUUACCCAGGUUGAUCUCUCUUUCCUCAAUGAAGUAAGCUCAAGAAAAUCUUCAUGGGUGAAUCUUACAUCCCAAGAUACAGAACGACCAGAUCUUGCAAAUGCAUGUGUGGUAGUCACUGGAGGCAGAGGUCUGAAAAGUGCUGAGAAUUUCAAAUUGUUGGAGCAGCUUGCUGAGAAACUUGGUGCAGCAGUGGGUGCGACCCGAGCUGCUGUUGAUGCAGGAUAUGUGCCAAAUGAACUUCAAGUUGGCCAGACUGGUAAGAUAGUGGCUCCUGAGCUCUAUAUUGCUUUCGGAGUAUCGGGAGCGAUACAGCACUUGGCAGGGAUGAGAGAUUCCAAGGUUAUCGUGGCUGUCAACAAGGACGCAGAUGCACCCAUAUUUCAGGUUGCAGAUUAUGGGAUCGUUGGUGAUCUAUUCCAAGUCCUUGGUGAACUGUUAAGGAAGAUGCCAGACAAGAAAUAAGCAGCUAAUGCACAUCAAUCAGUAUAUAUGUGUUCCUUGUCAAUUACUGUAAUAAGAGUGGAGGAAAGGUGUUUGCAAUCAUUAUUUUGAGAACUCAACUUUGACUAAAUCUGAAUGCAUCUAUACACUAAUUCAUGUCUAAAUACAUCCAAAUUUGUCAAUC